UUUACCGCACCGCAACACAUUACAGCCCGCGCCUCCCGACGACGACGACAAUUAUACACAACAAUACCUGUAGUAGUUGUAGUAAUAAUAAUAAUAAUUAUUAUUAUUUGAUAUAAUUUCGCAUCGCCUGCCACUACAGCCGUGUUCGACACGCAGACGUCCGCCGAGCGGUUUACCGUUUACCACAGUACAUCAGCAUCACCGUCAUCGUCAUCCUCGUUAUUUAUUAAAUUAAUAUCAGUACUACAACAGUUCACUUGUCGUCGCACGGCCGAUCGUUUCUCCGAAUAAUAAUCACACAAACUGCAUUGUUAUCACCGUCGCCGCCACCGUUUUUUUAACAGUCGCUAUUACAAAAAUCGUACACUCAGUACUCAUUAGACUAUCAACAUGUCUGACGACAAAGUAACCGGUCACCGACUCCAGAGUUUCAAACAUAGAGGCAAAACCGAAAUCGAAAGGCGAAGAAUUAGGAGUGAGGCAACUGUGGGGCUAAGAAAAAACAAGCAAGAACAAGAGUUAAUGAAACGCAGAAAUGUUGGAGAAGUAAUGAAUGAUGAUUUAGACUUGGAAAAACCAUUAACUGAACAUGAUCUACGUGCUUUAGUUGAAGAAGCUGGUAGUACUAUUCCUGAUGUUCAACUUAAAGCCAUACAAUCUGCAAGAAAAUUGUUAUCAUCUGAUCGUAAUCCUCCAAUAGAUGAACUUAUUAACAGUGAAAUACUUCCUAUCUUGGUUCGUUGUUUAGAUGAGCAUAAUAACCCAACAUUACAGUUUGAAGCAGCGUGGGCUCUAACUAAUAUUGCAAGUGGUACAUCCCUUCAAACUCAGGCAGUUGUUUCAGCAGGAGCUGUUCCAUUGUUUUUAAAUUUAUUAAAUUCAACUAAUCAGACAGUUUGUGAACAAGCAGUUUGGGCACUAGGAAAUAUUAUUGGUGAUGGUCCGCAACUACGUGACUAUGUUAUAAGUUUGAGUGUUGUACCAAGGUUACUUCUUUUUAUCAAUCCAGCUAUACCAAUAACAUUUAUGCGGAAUGUCACAUGGGUUAUUGUUAACUUGUGUCGAAAUAAAGACCCUCCUCCGGCACAACAUGUUAUAGAUGAACUUCUUCCUGCUCUUAAUUAUUUGAUUAAUAAUAAAGAUAUUAAUAUUCUUGUUGAUACUGUCUGGGCUAUUAGUUAUUUGACAGAUGGAGGAAAUGAUCAAAUUCAAAGAGUUAUUGAGAGUGGUAUAGUACCUAAUCUAAUACCAUUAUUAUCACACAAAGAAGUGAAGGUGCAAACAGCAGCAUUACGUGCAAUAGGAAAUAUUGUUACAGGAACUGAUGAUCAAACACAAAUAGUUCUUGAUGCUGGUGCAUUAUGUCAUUUCCCAGCUUUACUUUCACAUUCAAAAGAAAAAAUAUGCAAAGAAGCGGUUUGGUUUCUCUCAAAUGUUACUGCUGGAAAUCAAGUUCAAGUUCAAGCUGUCAUAGAUGCUGGGCUGAUACCAAAAAUAAUUACACAUCUAUCAAAGAGUGAAUUCCAAACACAAAAAGAAGCAGCGUGGGCAAUUACUAAUUUAACUAUCAGUGGAAAUAGUCAACAAGUAGAAUGUGUUAUCAGUGCAGGUGUUGUAGCUCCUCUUUGCGCUCUGUUGUCUUGUCAAGAUAGUCAAGUUAUUCAAGUCGUUUUGGACGGCUUACAAAAUAUGCUUAAAAUAGCUGGUCCUGAUGUUGAUGCCCUAGCUAAUUUGAUUGAAGAAUGUGAAGGACUUGAUAAAAUCGAACAACUUCAAAAUCAUGAAAGUGUUGAAAUUUACAAAGUUGCAUUUGAUAUCAUUGAGAGAUAUUUCUCAGAGGAAUCAUCUUCACCUACACAGCCUCCAUCAUGCUUUGAAUUUAAUCCGGCUACUACAAACACUCAGUUUAAAUUUUAGUUUUUUUUUUUUACUAUCAUUAUUAUUAUUUUCAAUAUUGAAUUAACGCGAUUACCUUGGACAAUAAAAUAUUGUACCUGUGAUUUUUUUUUUUAAAUCAUUCGCGUUGCUUUAUAUCCAAUUUGAAUCAAUUCAUACUAAUUCAAUUAAAAAUUAUUAUUUUUUCACAUCCAUUUUUAAAUUGAUAUUAAAUCAAUUUGUUAAUUUAACCUUGGGCAGAACUCUGAAAAAAGAAGGGAGAAAUUGAGCUUUUAUUAAAAGUAAAUUGUUAACCAUAUUAUUGUGUAUCUAAUAUAAAAAAAAAUAUUUUUUCAAUUUUAUUUUGUGUACAUUAUGUGGUUAGUAAUUUAUUGAUCACAAUUUGUCGAUAAAAUUGAUGUUGGCCAUUUUAUUCUAGUUUUGAGUAUUUCAUGAAUCUAAAUAAAUUAAUUUAUUUUCAUAGUAAAAUAUAUUCGAUGUUCUUUUGGCUCCUGUGAAUUUAAUAAUAAAUUUAAACUAAAUGCUGUUGGAAUUUUAUUAUUCAUUUAAAAUAUUAUACAUUUUAAAUACUUUUAACACCACACAUUAAAUCUAAGUUUAUUUAUUUGAUUAAUUACUUGACAUAAAAUUGUUGUCAAAUUUAAAUAUUGGAAUCGAUUAACUGUUAAGCAUUGUACCAUGAAAUAUUUUUUGUAUUAUUAUUUAGUCCAUUGGUAUUCACUUGUUUAGAAAUAAAAAUAAAACCUCAGAUAAUCGUACAUAAAAUUGACUAUAUUUUCAAUGCAUGUAGAAUGUAUUAAUUUUGCUAAUUUUUUUUCUUAAUCAUAUUGACAUUUUAACUUUAUUUAUAAUUUGUAUGCAUCUUGAAAUUUAAUAGUUUAAUCUCAUAUCAGUGGAAUAUUUAAAUCACCACUAUAUAAGUAACAUAACUUUUGUUUCAAUAAUUUAUACUUUGAAAAAAUUGAUAUCAAAUAUAAUUGUUUAACAUGUUAAAUUUGAUUAUUUUUACUAUGAGCUAAUAGAUGUUUUAUUUAUGAUCAUAU